AUGGGAGAACUAAAGAAAUUAGUUGAAGAGGGUAAAAUAAAGUACAUAGGUUUGUCAGAGGCAUCUGGUUCGACUAUCAGAAGAGCAGCGCAUGCAGUCCACCCAAUAACAGCAGUUCAGUUGGAAUGGUCGUUAUGGACUAGAGAUGUGGAGGAACAAAUCAUUCCUACCUGCAGGGAACUUGGGAUUGGAAUUGUGUCAUACAUUCCUCUUGGUAGCGGCUUUCUUUCUUCAGGCGCUAAGAUGGUGGAGAACCUCACUAAGGAGGACGCUCGGCUGCAGUUAUUUCCAAGAUUUCAGGCAGCAAAUCUUGAGCAUAACAAACACAUAUUUGAGCGAAUUACUAAUAUUGCGGCCAAAAAAGGAUGUACUCCUGCACAACUAGCACUAGCUUUGGUCCAUCAUCAGGGAGACGAUGUGUGUCCAAUCCCCGGAACCACUAAGAUCGACAACCUCACUCAGAACAUUGGUGCCUUGUCUGUGAAGCUAACCCCUCAUGAUAUGUCUGAGCUAGAAUCCAUUGCCUCUGAGGAUAGUGAAAAGGGUGAUCGAUAUGUAGCUGAAAUUGCCACUUGGAAGACUUUAGAUACUCCACCUUUGUCUUCGUGGAAAUUGGAAAGUUAA